UGGGGUACGUCUUAGGUAUGUUAACAUUACCUUGUAUAGGAGAUAAUCUGGGGUACGUCUUAGGUGUGUUAACAUUACCUUGUAUAGGAGAUAAUCUGUGGUCUGUCUUAGGUAUGUUAACAUUACCUCGUAUAGGAGAUAAUCUGGGGUCUGUCUUAGGUAUGUUAACAUUACCUUGUAUAGGAGAUAAUCUGGGGUCUGUCUUAGGUAUGUUAACAUUACCUCGUAUAGGAGAUAAUCUGGGGUCUGUCUUAGGUAUGUUAACAUUACCUCGUAUAGGAGAUAAUCUGGGUCCGUCUUAGGUAUGUUAACAUUACCUCGUAUAGGAGAUAAUCUGGGUCCGUCUUAGGUAUGUUAACAUUACCUCGUAUAGGAGAUAAUCUGGGGUCUGUCCUAGGUAUGUUAACAUUACCUUGUAUAGGAGAUAAUCUGGGUCUGUCUUAGGUAUGUUAACAUUACCUCGUAUAGGAGAUAAUCUGGGUCCGUCUUAGGUAUGUUAACAUUACCUUGUAUAGGAGAUAAUGUGGGGUACGUCUUAGGUAUGUUAACAUUACCUCGUAUAGGAGAUAAUCUGGGGUCUGUCUUAGGUAUGUUAACAUUACCUUGUAUAGGAGAUAAUCUGUGGUCUGUCUUAGGUAUGUUAACAUUACCUCGUAUAGGAAAUAAUCUGGGGUCCGUCUUAGGUAUGUUAACAUUACCUUGUAUAGGAGAUAAUCUGGGGUCUGUCUUAGGUAUGUUAACAUUACCUCGUAUAGGAGAUAAUCUGGGGUCUGUCUUAGGUAUGUUAACAUUACCUUGUAUAGGAGAUAAUCUGGGGUCUGUCUUAGGUAUGUUAACAUUACCUCGUAUAGGAGAUAAUCUGGGGUCUGUCCUAGGUAUGUUAACAUUACCUUGUAUAGGAGAUAACCUGGGGUCUGUCUUAGGUAUGUUAACAUUACCUCGUAUAGGAGAUAAUCUGGGGUACGUCUUAGGUAUGUUAACAUUACCUUGUAUAGGAGAUAAUCUGGGGUCUGUCCUAGGUAUGUUAACAUUACCUUGUAUAGGAGAUAAUCUGGGGUACGUCUUAGGUAUGUUAACAUUACCUCGUAUAGGAGAUAAUCUGGGGUACGUCUUAGGUAUGUUAACAUUACCUCGUAUAGGAGAUAAUCUGGGGUACGUCUUAGGUAUGUUAACAUUACCUCGUAUAGGAGAUAAUCUGUGGUCUGUCUUAGGUAUGUUAACAUUACCUCGUAUAGGAGAUAAUCUGGGGUCUGUCCUAGGUAUGUUAACAUUACCUUGUAUAGGAGAUAAUCUGGGGUACGUCUUAGGUAUGUUAACAUUACCUCGUAUAGGAGAUAAUCUGGGGUCUGUCUUAGGUAUGUUAACAUUACCUCGUAUAGGAGAUAAUCUGUGGUCUGUCUUAGGUAUGUUAACAUUACCUCGUAUAGGAGAUAAUCUGGGGUACGUCUUAGGUAUGUUAACAUUACCUCGUAUAGGAGAUAAUCUGGGGUCUGUCUUCGGUAUGUUAACAUUACCUCGUAUAGGAGAUAAUCUGGGGUACGUCUUAGGUAUGUUAACAUUACUUUGUAUAGGAGAUAAUCUGUGGUCUGUCUUAGGUAUGUUAACAUUACCUUGUAUAGGAGAUAAUCUGGGGUACGUCUUAGGUAUGUUAACAUUACCUCGUAUAGGAGAUAAUCUGUGGUCUGUCUUAGGUAUGUUAACAUUACCUCGUAUAGGAGAUAAUCUGGGUCUGUCUUAGGUAUGUUAACAUUACCUCGUAUAGGAGAUAAUCUGGGGUACGUCUUAGGUAUGUUAACAUUACUUUGUAUAGGAGAUAAUCUGAGGUACGUCUUAUGUAUGUUAACAUUACCUCGUAUAGGAGAUAAUCUGGGGUACGUCUUAGGU